AUGUCGAAUCAAUAUCUCUUGGUGCUUGCGGCUUUGAUCUGCCUGAGCCAGGAUACCCAAGGAUUUGUCGUGGGACCUCUACGAACGCCUUCCAACGUUUUUCGCAAACAAUCCGCUGGAGUCUGUGUUUUUGCCGAUGUCAGCGACGAUGUGACUGAAUCUGCAGCAGAUGCCUCGGAAGAUGCUCCAGUUGCAGAAGAAAGUGGGGAAGCAGAAGCACCAAAAGAAGAGGCCGAGCGACACACUGUCUUCGUGGGUAACAUGCCCUUUGACACAAACAAUGACGCAUUGUUGGAAUUGUUUAGUCAGCAUGGAGACGUUAAGCUUGUCAGCAUCCCCAAAAACGAUGACACUGGUCUAUCCAAAGGCUUUGGUUUUGUGGACAUGGCAUCUCAAGAAGAAUGUCAGGCUGCCAUUGAUAAUCUCAAUGGGUCUGAGUUUAACGGAAGGACACUCAGAGUCAACCCGUCCUUACCAAAAGAUAAAGCCAAGAAACAGGCGAGAAAGACUGACGAUGGCACACAAAAGCUCUAUGUGGGCAACCUGCCUUUCGAGUCAAGCCAAGAGGAUAUCAGCGAAUUGUUUUCCAAAUACGGCAAAGUGACCGAUUGCUACCUACCCAUGAAUCCUGAAACUGGAGCGCCUCGUGGCUUUGCAUUUGUCACCGUAGAUAAGGAAGUGGCGCAACAAGCUAUUGAAGAAUUGAAUGGGAUCGAGUACAACGAGCGAACGCUAGUAGUCAGCGAACCCUUGCCACAGGGAGCCAAGAAGGCCAGGAACCAGCGACAAAAGCUUUACAUUGGAAACCUUUCCUUUUACACAGUGCCCGAGACUCUCGGAGACCUCUUUUCGGAGUUUGGUGAAGUAUACGAUUGUUACAUGCCCGAAGACCCCGAACGAGGUGGAUCUCGUGGCUUUGGAUUCGUCACAAUGGACAAGGAAGCAGCUGAAGCCGCAAUUGAUGCUACUGAUGGUUGCGAAUUGGAUGGACGAAUCAUUCGUGUCAAUGCUGCACAACCCAAGGGAAACUAA